AUGCGGCAUCGGUACGCUGGAGCUGUCCAUCAGCACCAAAACCCCGACGAGGAGCAAGCAAGCAUCGAGCAGAACCGAGACCCAGAAGCUCCUGUUUUCAGCCUGCCGCCCCCGCCCUCUGCUCACCACCGGGACCGGGUUUCGACCACCGCCGCUCCCCGUCAGAGCCUCCAGGAGCUGCCGUGUCUGAGCCAGCCUUCCCGGCGACCUGUUCACAGCGGAGACCCUCCACCUCCGGCGAGCUGCGACACCACCCAGCGACCUUCACACCGAGCCUGUGAACCCAGCACCGGGCAGCAGGAUCCCUGGGCCCCGGUCUGCUCUCAUCAGCAUCAGCAUCAGCAUCAGCCUGUUUUUCCGAGCUGCCACUGCAGUUUUUCAGAACAGGAGGCGAGCCUUUCUCAAAACCAUCACCAUCACCAUCCUGCCGAUCUUCUCCCACCGCAGCCCUCCCCACCUAUACCACCACCACCACCACCAUCGUCCUCCUCCUCUCUGCUGUUUCCCCAGGAAUCUAAAAGGGGGGAUCGUCUCCAAAGGAGUGCCAAUAAUUACCAACAGGCAAGCAUCGUGGACCGCUGCAGGGGAGGAGGAGGAGCAGGAGGACACCGAGACCACAGGCAGCAGCAGCAUCAACAGCAUCAUUUAAGACUCCAACAGAAGGACCCCUCCCCUGAAGGAACCCGUGCAAACUCGCAGAAAGGGCGCUCUUUAAAUGCAUGUGAGUCAACCGAUACUAAGAGAGCAUUCCAGUGUCAGACUCAGGACCUGCAGCAGCAACAGAUCCCACAAUUACGAGCCCAGCAGCAGCUACUGGUGGGGAGCAGCUUGCCUAUCAACUACUGCGCCAGCGGUUCAGGAGAGCUAUGUAGGACUCACCAGGCUCCACUGCUGCAACAGCAAGAGCAGCAGCAGAAAGGCGCACUGGGGCUCUGUCCCCGGCGUCCGCAGCAGCACUGUGAACAAGACCGCAAUAACUCGUCGGCGACUGGCAGCAACAGCAGCAAAGACAGCCCCAACUACGGCUCCAGCUAUCACCUGUGGCCGGAGAGCCCGCACAAAGGAGAGGAGAGGAUCCGCAUCGAGCACCAUAAGGCCACUACUGAGCAGAAGAAGCUGAGCCAUGCUGGAUCCAAGCCCUCCCUCUCCGAGAGCAGCGGCCGACUCCCUCAGAUAGCCAUGAACACCUGCAAGUACAAUGGCGGCGUGGUGAGACCACUAGUGGGCAGCCUGGCGUCCUCGUCGCGCCGCAACCUCGCGGAGCUUGACUCGGAGACCCAGCCCUUGCAGACGCUGCACAGCUCCGGCCUGGAGGUGGUGGUGUCCAAGGGCAACAGCGGCGAAGACCCCAGCAAGGCGUCCAACGAGAGCUUGGUCAGGGAGGGCAGCGGGCGUGAAGGAGGCAGGGCGCCGCAGAAGAAGAACAGGGACAUUGGCUACAGGCUCGGCCACCGGAGGGCACUGUUUGAGAAGCGGAAGCGACUCAGCGACUACGCACUCAUCUUCGGGAUGUUUGGGAUUGUUGUCAUGGUGACGGAGACGGAACUGUCAUGGGGGGUUUACACUAAGGAAUCUUCAUACUCAUUUGCACUGAAAUGCCUUAUCAGCCUUUCCACUGUUAUAUUGCUUGGUCUUAUAAUAAUGUACCAUGCCCGGGAAAUCCAGCUGUUUAUGGUCGACAAUGGUGCAGACGAUUGGAGGAUAGCCAUGACGUAUGAGCGGAUCUUCUUCAUCGUGCUGGAGCUGCUGGUUUGUGCCAUCCAUCCCAUCCCGGGCCAGUACGUCUUCACCUGGACGGCGCGGCUGGCCUUUACCUACACGCCGUCGGUGGCCGAUGCUGACGUGGACAUCAUCCUCUCCAUCCCCAUGUUCCUGAGACUCUACCUGAUAGGCAGGGUCAUGUUACUCCACAGCAAGCUGUUCACGGACGCUUCGUCUCGCAGCAUCGGCGCGCUCAACAAGAUCAACUUCAACACACGCUUUGUCAUGAAGACCCUCAUGACCAUCUGCCCAGGAACUGUUCUGCUGGUGUUCAGUAUAUCCUCCUGGAUCAUUGCUGCAUGGACUGUGCGCGUCUGUGAGAGGUAUCACGACAAACAGGAAGUGACCAGUAACUUCCUGGGAGCCAUGUGGCUCAUCUCGAUCACCUUCCUCUCCAUUGGCUAUGGGGACAUGGUACCACACACGUACUGUGGGAAAGGCGUGUGUCUGCUUACAGGGAUUAUGGGAGCUGGUUGCACUGCACUGGUGGUUGCAGUAGUAGCCAGGAAGCUGGAGCUGACCAAGGCUGAGAAACAUGUCCACAACUUCAUGAUGGACACACAACUCUGCAAACGAGUAAAGAACACAGCUGCCAAUGUACUCAGGGAAACAUGGCUCAUCUACAAACACACUAAGUUGGUCAAGAAGAUAGAUCACGCCAAGGUGCGGAAACACCAGCGCAAGUUUCUCCAAGCCAUUCACCAAGCUCAGAAACUACGCAGUGUGAAGAUGGAGCAGAGGAAACUCAAUGAUCAGGCCAACACCUUGGUGGACCUGGCGAAGACCCAGAAUGUGAUGUAUGACUUGGUGUCAGAGCUGCAGGAGCGCAGUGAGGAGCUGGACAAGCGCAUCGGCACAUUGGAGGACAAGCUGGACUCGGUGACGGGCAGCCUGCAGGCGCUGCCCUGCCUCAUCUCCCAAGCCAUAACCCAGCAGCAGCAGGACUUCCUGGACGGCUUUGUUCACCGCUUUCGACCCGCCUCUCUAGCCUCCGAGCGCUCUGAACGCUCUGAGCGAUCCUGGACUUCCACCGCCCGUAGGCGGCGCUCUCCCUCCACAGCACCACACACCUCCUCUGAUAGUGGAUAA